AGCGCCGCGCUCCUCGGGGACCCCGCGGGCGGCCGGUGCCCGGCGCUCGCCCCCGAGGGCGCCCGAACAGAAACUGCUCUCGCAUUGAUCGGGCCCCGUUGGGCGAGCGGCCGGUGCGUGCGCCCCGCGCGAGCGCGUGCGGAAGGCAGGCGCCAGGAAGCGCGGCGAGGGUGCCGGCGCCGCGCAAGGGACGGAGCCUUCCUUAUUUAUGUGUCUGCCGGCGUUCGCCUUCGCCGCCUGAGGACUUCAGGGAGCGUCUCCGAGCCGCGUUCCCCGCGCGUGAGGCAUGGACGGGCUGGAUGUCUGAACAACAUGAUUAUCCAUUAGCCUCCAAACUUUCCUUUUUUUUUUUUUAACCCAAAGAAUAUCGGUGAUUUUUGUCCACUGCUAGCAGCAGAAGAGAGAACCCAGGGCUCUUGAAAUGCAGCAAAAUCCUUAUUUAUAAGCAGGCCCGAGUUAGUGAUAUGCAAAGCCCCCGUCCUCAGUGAAUUUUUCUAUCCUAUGGAUACCGGUCUUGAGAUUUGAGAUUGGAGAGCAGUACUGACUGCACUGGGUCCCGUGGCCUCCGUCCUUUCGAUGCCCAGUCUCCUCUGGGACUGCUGGCCUUCCCUGGAGAUCAGAGCGCUGCUUUGUGCCAUGGGCUGUAUCCAGAGCAUCGGGGGCAAAGCCAGAGUCUUCAGGGAAGGCAUCACUGUGGUUGACGUGAAAGCCUCUAUUGACCCCAUCCCCACCAGCAUCGAUGAGUCCUCCAGCGUGGUGCUCCGCUACCGGACCCCCCACUUCCGGGCCUCGGCCCAGGUGGUCAUGCCACCCAUCCCCAGGAAGGAGACCUGGGUGGUCGGCUGGAUUCAGGCGUGUAGCCACAUGGAGUUCUACAACAAGUAUGGGGAGCACGGCAUGUCCAGCUGGGAGCUCCCGGACCUCCAGGAGGGCAAGAUCGAGGCCAUCAGCGACUCGGACGGGGUCAACUACCCUUGGUACGGCAACACCACGGAGACGUGCACCAUCGUGGGCCCCACCAAGAGAGACUCCAAGUUCAUCAUCAGCAUGAACGACAACUUCUACCCCAGCGUCACGUGGGCCGUGCCCGUCAGCGAGAGCAACGUGGCCAAACUGACCGACAUCUACCGGGACCAGAGCUUCACCACGUGGCUGGUGGCCACCAACACCUCGACCAAUGACAUGAUCAUUCUGCAGACGCUGCGCUGGCGCAUGCAGCUGAGCAUCGAGGUGAACCCCACCCGGCCCCUGGGCCAGCGCGCCAGGCUGCGGGAGCCCAUUGCCCAGGACCAGCCCAAAAUCCUGAGCAAGAAUGAGCCCAUACCGCCCAGCGCACUGGUCAAGCCCAAUGCCAACGACGCUCAGGUCCUCAUGUGGCGGCCCAAGUUCGGGCAGCCGCUCGUGGUGAUCCCGCCCAAACACCGGUAACCAGGGCACCCCGCUAGGCUAGACUCGAAUAAUAACACUGCUCCAACCCACAUCCACAUAAGACUCUCAGUCAUUCAGCAAAACACAACCACUCUACCUUCUUGAGCGGGCGGAUCUCACUGUGCAAAUGCCCCGGGGCGGCCUCCCCCAGCCCCCUUGGCACCUGCUUCCUUUCGGGGAGGGGGAGGCCCGGCCGGGACGCCUGACCCCACCUGCCCCUUCACCUUGGGUCUCCUUCCCUGGCGAUUUCAGCCACUCACUGGCAAGCCUCCCCGAAACAACGGCUUUUUCAGUUCUUCUUCUUUUUUUAAACACCUCUUUCCGAGGUUCAGGGGUGGGAGGAGGCGGAGCUGGUCGUGACCCUGACCGGCACUGCUGCUGAUCUGUGAGUGGCGGCCCCCACGGCAGCCCCCCUUGUCCUCUGUCACGCGGCCUUACGUAGACUCGCUUUGCCAAACUUCUGCCUUAAGCUGAAUUUAAAGGAAAAAAGCCCAAAACAAAGACAGCCCAAUCUCUUUUCUACCGGACUGUUCACCUUCUGCCAGAAGUGAGGGAGGGGGCAGGGUCAGGCCAGAGAGAGAGGGCGCCUGGACCCUCCUCCCUGGGCGGCUUCUGAGAGGGGCAGGGGACAGAUUUAGAUCCAAAACCAGCUGCUGGUUCUUUUGUUUCAGCAGAAACAAAACCAGACGGACCACCUGAUGAGCCCCCUUCUCUCGGCUCAGGUGGAAAAUCCCGUGCCCUGCCCCCCACCCCCCUGCCCCAGACCUGCGGAGAAGGGCUUCUCUCCUCUCUCUUCUCCGCAGCCUUAACUUGCCUGGGGUGAGUCUGGGAGGAGAGAGGGAGGGUCAGCCCAGGGGAUUUUCGCCAUCUCAGUCCUCAGCACCCAGCCACAGACGGGCCCGCCUUUUCCUUUACCGUCCACACUGGCCCCAAACGCCUGGAGGGCCAGCCACCUUGAGCCAGAUUUAGUUCCAAGGUAAGAAAGGCAGGGAACUUCCCUUCUGGCUCCUUCUCAGGGGAUGUCCCUUCCGGGCGCUCUAGCGGGGAGCUGUGGACGGGCUCUGGGUGCCGGUGUCGGAGGCUGGGGGGAAGCUGCCUGGGGUGGGGGGCACCCAAGGAUAUGUGGUCCUGGACCUGGGGAGGCCGGGGAGGCCGUCAGCAGACACCCUUCUGCUGCUGAUCCUCAGGGAAGCAAAGCGGGGCCUCGGGCUGGCACCCAGGUGCCACGUGGGGCCAUGGUUGACAGGCUGGUCGGGGCAGCGUGGCCUGUCUGGAGGGCCACCUUCCUUCAGGUCCAGGGUCCUCCAGGGCCCCAGGAGGGUCCUGAGUGACACCAAGCUCUCUGGGGGACCCCCACGGAAUCCCCCUUCCUGAAGCUUGCCAAACCCACACGUCACCUGGCCCUGGGUUUCCAACGAUCAUCCCCAAGCACAGAAAACCAUCAGAAAAAAAAAAAAGAAUUCAUUUCUGCUGCCGAUGAGCCACUUGGAUGAGCCGCAGUGACAGCAUGGGGGACGUGGGUCACCGUGGCCUGCUCCCUUACCCACGCGGUGGUACACUCAUUCAAGGGGUGCUUUGCGUCCACACUGUCCGUCAAGCCCCGCGGCUGACAGCAGGCCCACAGCUGUCCUGGAAGGACAGGACUGUGGCCCCAGCGCGCUGCCCGGGAGCCCUUGUCAGGCCCUGACCUUCCUCGGUUCCCCCUGCUGUGUACGGAGCCCUGGCCGCCAGGGAGGCAAUAGCCUCGAGUGAAGGGACGAUGGGUCCCAGCUCUACCUCUGGGGAAGGGCCGGGUGGGGGGCACGGGGGCCAGGUGACGGCGCCUGAGGCCGGGGACAGGACCUGGCCUCCUAACGGAGCGGCCCUUGUCUGCACUCAGGUCUUUCUUGUACUAAAAAAGGAGGAAGGGCCCUGAGCGAGGGGUCAGGAAGCCGGAGUUCUGAUUCUGGGCUGGGUCACCAUGAAGGGGGUCUUACUGUGCCAGGGGGUGGCGGCAGGAGAGAAAGGGAAGGGGGCGGCCCUGGACCAGUGGGGACACACUUCCUGAGCGUCAGCAAGCCCUCUUGCCAGGGGCCAGCGCUGUGCCCACUAGGAGGGGGCCUCCCCGCCCCGGCCUACUGCAUGCCUGGACCCCCGCUCACCUUCCACCCCACCCCCCGACCCCCCCUUCUCUCUGCCCCUCCCGGCCUUCCUGAAGACCCUGGAGAAGCUGCAGGUCCGGCCAAGGACACUGGGCUUAGCUUGGGUCCAGUCCCCGGCCUCCUCCCUGUCAGGAGCACAGACCCCAGGCUUUUCACCUGGGUCCCCAAGUCCUCCGUGUCCCCCUUUCCUGGUGUGGACACACUCCUCCAGCAAUAAGGGCCAUCCGCGGUCGUGGAGAGUACUGUGAAAACAAACCAAUGCACUUACCAGGAGGCACAAGACUCUUGAAGAACAUGUAAUAUUAACCUUUUUAAAAAGCAACAAAUAUUCACAAAGAGAAAUAAAAUGUAAUUUUAAAGUA